AUUUUAACUCUAUCUCUAAUAGCUUUAUAUAUUUGUUCAAUCUAUCUAAGUACAUUCAACACCAACUUAGAGGAGAAAGCCCUUUAAGAAUUUUGAGUUUUGACAUUAAUCAUGGCUAGGGAGCAAUUGGAAGUGCUAAAUGCACUUGAUGUGGCCAAAACACAAUUUUAUCACUUCACUGCUAUUGUUGUUGCUGGCAUGGGUUUUUUCACUGAUGCAUAUGACCUUUUCUGCAUUUCUUUGGUCACGAAAUUGCUCGGGCGAAUUUACUAUCACCGCGAUGGUUCACCAAAGCCCGGGACCCUACCUCCUAACGUCUCCGCUGCUGUUAAUGGUGUCGCGUUUUGUGGAACCCUCGCGGGACAAUUGUUCUUCGGAUGGCUUGGUGAUAAGUUAGGUAGGAAAAAAAUUUAUGGAAUGACACUUAUGAUUAUGGUCCUUUGUUCAGUUGCCUCUGGACUCUCAUUUGGCCAUACGCCUAAAAGCGUUAUGGCUACGCUUUGUUUCUUCCGGUUUUGGCUUGGAUUUGGUAUUGGUGGCGAUUACCCUUUAUCCGCCACCAUCAUGUCUGAAUACGCCAAUAAAAGGACGCGUGGCGCGUUUAUAGCUGCCGUGUUUGCAAUGCAAGGUUUCGGUAUCUUGGUUGGAGGAAUGGUGGCGAUUGUUGUAUCCGCUUUGUUUAAUGCAGGGUACCCUGCCCCAUCAUAUCAACACAAUGCUGUUGCUUCUACUGUCUCCGAGACUGAUGUCGUGUGGCGUGUUAUCUUAAUGCUUGGCGCUCUCCCGGCUUUACUAACGUAUUAUUGGCGUAUGAAGAUGCCUGAGACAGCGCGUUACACGGCCUUAGUGGCCAAAAACGCGAAAAAAGCCGCUAUUGACAUGUCUAGAGUGCUACAAACCGAAAUAGAGGCAGAGCAAGAAAAAGUUCCGAAAGAAAUUGGGAGUGAUUUCGGGUUGUUUACUUUACAAUUCCUCCGUCGCCACGGGCUUCACUUGCUCGGAACGACGAGUACGUGGUUUUUAUUGGAUAUUGCUUUUUAUAGUCAAAAUCUUUUUCAAAAAGACAUUUUCAGUGCCAUCGGGUGGAUACCUCCACCCGAAACAAUGAACGCGCUGGAAGAAGUUUAUAGAAUUGCAAGAGCGCAAACUCUUAUCGCUCUUUGUAGUACCAUCCCGGGGUACUGGUUUACUGUAGUAUUCAUCGAUAAAUUAGGUCGAUUCGCGAUCCAGUUGACGGGGUUUAUCUUCAUGACCAUGUUCAUGUUCGCGUUGGCCAUUCCUUAUGAUCAUUGGACACAUAAGGAAAACAGGAUUGGAUUUGUGAUCAUGUAUUCCCUGACUUUUUUCUUUGCUAAUUUUGGUCCUAACGUGACCACAUUUGUUGUCCCCGCGGAGAUUUUUCCCGCGAGGCUACGGUCAACGUGUCACGGAAUUUCGGCAGCGGCUGGCAAAGCAGGGGCAAUGGUUGGUGCAUUUGGAUUUCUUUAUGCUGCACAAUCAAAUGAUCCAAACAAGACUGACUCUGGCUACCCUCCUGGUAUUGGUGUGAGGAAUUCAUUGAUUGUCUUAGGUUGUAUUAAUUUCAUUGGAAUGUUGUUUACAUUGUUGGUGCCUGAAUCUAAAGGGAAAUCAUUGGAGGAAAUGUCAAAGGAAAAUGAAACAUCAACAUGAUGUUUGUAAUUUGUAUAUUGGAGGAGGAAUAAAUCUAUGAGAAUAUAAAAACUUUAGUCUUUGAUUUAUUA